AUGCUGAAACUCCGGCAAUUGCAGAAAAAGAAACAAGAGGAUCUGGCCAACCCAAAAAACAGCACCUCUACUGGCCUCUUGUCCCAGACCACCGCAUCUCAGCUCAGACUGCGCAAAGAUCUUCAAUCUCUGGAUCUUCCGCCUAAUGUGAAAAUCGAUGCAAGUUCUCUAGAAAGUGACCAAAUUCUACACAUCCAAAUUACACCAGAUGAGGGCUACUACGAAGGCGGCACUUUCAAGUUCCAGGCCGUUUUCAAGGAUACGUACCCGAUAGAACCUCCCAAGGUGACACUACUUCCCGUUGUGUACCACCCAAAUAUCGACCUUCAAGGCAACAUAUGUUUGAAUAUUUUGCGGGAGGACUGGUCCCCGGUGCUUGACGUUCAAAGCGUCAUAAUCGGGCUUCUCAUGCUUCUUCUUGAACCUAAUGCCACAGAUCCACUAAACAAGACGGCCGCAGAGUCUCUUCGCACGAGUCCGUCGGUGUUCAAAGAUCAGGUCGCAUCAUCCAUGCGUGGCGGAUCGCUGCAAGGACGCCGGUACGAUCGUAUUGUGUGUUGA